AUGUCAGCAGGCGCUAGCGGCAGCCUCCUGCAGGCGUUGGAGGUGCCACAAUACGCCUUCGUGUCGGGCACCGCGACGCUGCGCUGCGUCUACGACAUGAGUGACACCAAACUUUACUCCCUCAAAUGGUAUCACAACAACACGGAGUUCUACAGAUACGUGCCAACAGAGAGGAAUGGGCCCGUCAACAUUGGCCCCACGGACAUCUUCCUCCUGCAUGAAGUGUCCCGCGACGCCCGCCACGUGACGCUAUCCUUGGGACGCCUGACGUCGGCAGCGACAGGGACGUACAAGUGCGAGGUGCUGGCCGAGCAUCCCUCCUUCAGGACCAAGUCUGCCCAGGCCUUCAUGACGGUGCUCA